AUGGAAUUGCUCAUUAAACACGAACAAACAUUACCAACAGCACCAAGAGAAAUAUUCGAAGGUGAAAGUGCAAGUGAUUAUGAGCGGAAAUGGGCAUUAACGUUUGAUUUAUACACCUUGGUUAGUCUUGAAUUCAUGCCAGCAAUACGUUCUAAACGUCGCAAAUCAUGCGCGCAUCAUAACGAUUCAAAACGUCAACGAGCCGCCAGUCCAUCACAAGAAUCAGAUGAGGAACUUGAGAAACAGGUUUUACGCACGGCAUUAGAAAGAACUCUCAACAUUUCAACAGAUCCGGACUCCACCAAAAAACAACUAUUAAAUUUUUACAAGCGCAAUCUACACAAGCUAUCACCAGUACCGACAGCUAUGUGUACGUCACAACUAUCUCAAAUGACAGCGCCAGCAACAAUGUUACCAUCGUCGUCUGCACCUCU